AGCUGGCUGAGCCGGCCCACCUGCCAGCAUGACGGCCCGAAUGGCCGAGCCAGGUGCCCCGCUGCUGUAAGGCCGGAGCGCCCAGAUCGCGGCGCGCGGCGCGCCCGGGGCGGCGGGGACGUCCCUUUUAUUAAUUCAUCGAUUUGUGGAGAGCUCUCUGAGCAGCCGCGAUGGCCAGCACCAGGAGCAUUGAGCUGGAGCAUUUUGAAGAACGGGACAAAAGGCCGCGGCCGGGGUCGCGGAGAGGGGCUCCCAGCUCCUCCGGGGGCAGCGGCAUCUCCGGCCCCAAGGGCAACGGGCUCAUCCCCAGCCCGGCGCACAGUGCUCACUGCAGCUUCUACCGCACGCGGACCUUGCAGGCCCUCAGCUCGGAGAAGAAGGCCAAGAAGGCGCGCUUCUACCGGAAUGGGGACCGCUACUUCAAAGGCCUGGUCUUUGCCAUCUCCAGCGACCGCUUCCGUUCCUUCGAUGCGCUCCUCAUGGAGCUCACCCGCUCGCUGUCAGACAAUGUGAACCUGCCCCAGGGCGUCCGCACAAUCUACACCAUAGACGGCAGCAGGAAGGUCACCAGCCUGGACGAGCUGCUGGAAGGUGAGAGUUACGUGUGUGCCUCCAAUGAACCAUUUCGUAAAGUUGAUUACACCAAAAACGUUAAUCCGAACUGGUCUGUGAACAUCAAGGGUGGUACCACCCGAGCCUUGGCCGUGGCCUCUGUGAAAAGUGAGGUGAAAGAAAGCAAGGAUUUCAUCAAACCCAAGUUAGUGACUGUGAUUCGAAGUGGAGUGAAGCCUAGGAAGGCUGUGCGGAUCCUUCUGAAUAAAAAGACUGCCCAUUCCUUUGAGCAGGUCCUAACGGAUAUCACCGAAGCCAUUAAACUAGACUCGGGCGUGGUCAAGAGGCUGUGCACCCUGGAUGGAAAGCAGGUUACUUGUCUGCAAGACUUUUUUGGUGAUGAUGAUGUUUUUAUUGCAUGUGGACCUGAAAAAUAUCGUUAUGCCCAAGAUGACUUUGUCCUGGAUCAUAGCGAAUGCCGGGUACUGAAGUCAUCUUAUUCUCGAGCCUCGGCUGCCAAGUAUUCUGGAUCCAAAAGCCCAGGGCCCUCCCGCCGCAGCAAGUCCCCAGCCUCAGUGAAUGGAACUCCCAGCAGCCAGCUCUCCACUCCUAAGUCCACGAAGUCCUCUAGUUCCUCUCCAACCAGCCCGGGAAGUUUCAGAGGAUUGAAGCAGAUUUCUGCUCCAGGCAGAUCUUCUUCCAAUGUGAACGGUGGACCUGAACUUGACCGUUGCCUGAGUCCUGAAGGUGUAAAUGGGAACAGGUGCUCUGAGUCAUUCACCCUUCUGGAGAAAUACAGAAUCGGGAAGGUCAUCGGAGAUGGCAACUUCGCCGUAGUUAAAGAGUGUGUGGACAGGUCUACUGGAAAGGAGUUUGCAUUGAAGAUUAUAGACAAAGCCAAAUGCUGUGGAAAGGAACAUCUGAUCGAGAAUGAAGUGUCAAUACUGCGCCGAGUGAAGCACCCCAACAUCAUCAUGCUGGUUGAGGAGAUGGAGACGGCGACUGAGCUCUUCCUAGUGAUGGAGCUGGUCAAAGGUGGAGAUCUGUUUGAUGCAAUUACUUCUUCAACCAAGUAUACGGAGAGAGAUGGGAGUGCCAUGGUGUACAACCUAGCCAACGCCCUCAGAUAUCUGCAUGGCCUCAGCAUUGUACACAGAGAUAUCAAGCCCGAGAAUCUUCUGGUGUGUGAAUAUCCGGAUGGAACCAAGUCUUUGAAACUGGGAGACUUCGGGCUGGCAACCGUGGUUGAAGGCCCUUUGUACACCGUCUGCGGCACCCCGACUUACGUGGCACCAGAAAUCAUUGCUGAAACAGGUUAUGGCCUGAAGGUGGAUGUUUGGGCAGCUGGCGUGAUUACAUACAUCCUUCUCUGUGGAUUCCCCCCAUUCCGGAGUGAGAACAAUCUCCAGGAAGAUCUCUUUGACCAGAUCUUGGCUGGGAAGCUGGAGUUUCCAGCCCCCUACUGGGACAACAUUACAGAUUCUGCCAAGGAAUUAAUCAGUCAAAUGCUUCAGGUAAACGUUGAAGCUCGCUGUACUGCGGGGGAGAUUCUGAGUCACCCCUGGGUGUCCGAUGACGCAUCCCAGGAGAAUAAUAUGCAGGCUGAGGUUACAGGUAAACUAAAACGGCACUUUAAUAACGCGCUCCCCAAACAGAACAGCACCGCCACGGGGGUCUCCGUUAUCAUGUUUGAUUUGACAGUUUGAGAGACACCUCACAGAGAGAGUCCCGCUCUUUCCCCAGUUGAGACAUGGGAAAUCCCGAAGCAGACCCUGAACACGGCUCUAGAUAAAGAGGGGCAGAUUUUCUCCGGCAAGCACUGUCAAGACAGCAGCAAACCCGCCAGGGAGCGGACCUCGCCAGUCCCUCCCCCAGCCCGGGAGGCCCCUCCCCCAGCCCGGGAGGCCCCUCCCCCAGCGGGGUCUCCUAAGCCCCUUCGUCCUCCAGCCGCCUCUGGCUGUGAUCCUGCAGGGACCUGGCGCCGCCACCGAGACUGAACUCUGUGUAGACAGGCCCGAAGCUGCUCGCCGCCGCCUGCCGGGAAGGCCACUCUUCACCAGGCCUCAUCUUCUUGCUGAAAGAGCCUUUCUGUCCUGACUGCUGUUUUGACAGUUUGUUGGCAUGUUCUGUCACGGCCUGGGAACAGGACUGGGGUAUCCUGGAGCCGGUGUUCAGGAUGGCCUCGUGUACCCUGGGUUCUGCCCUCUCUAGUUCCUGGCC